AUGGGGAGGGUCUUCAUGGACAUCAACAUGGACAACCUGGCGCUCCGGUGUUUCAACAAGGUGUUGGAGCCAGCGGAGGAGGCCGCGGGGCGGCAGCCGCUGUUCCGGCGGCACGCGCUGCUCCUGAAGGCCAUCUGCCUGCUCAACGAGGCGGAGAAGGACCCGAAGGUGGAGGUGCCGGCCGGCCUGGCGCUGUGGGCGCGGGCCGAAGGGCUGCCUCUGUCGGAGGAGGCUGGUGCCUUGCCACUGGACCAGCAAAUCGCCCAGUGGGAGGAGGAGGCCCGGCCGCAGGGCUCCGGCGCUUCUGGCGGCGGCAGCUCGGACCUGUCCGUGGCCCUUGGGCUGUUGCGGCUGCUGGAGGGCCCAACCUCGGAGGCGCCGCGAGCCUUCGCGAACGCGUUGCUCGCAUCGGACGCCACCUCCGACGGCUGCUUCAGCGGCCAGGAUCGGCUAGCUGUCAAGUGGAACAUGCUGGGCGCGGUCAUGGCGAAUCGCGGCCGGCACGAGGACGCUCUGCACGCCCUCGAGCAGGCGCUGCGUCUGAACCAGCACUACCCCCGCGCCCUGAUGAACCGGUCAAUUUCACAGUCCGUUCUUGGUCAACAUCGCCAAGCGGCCGCAUCUUGCGUCACCGCUCUAGGCAAGAUCCCCUUGUGGAGCACGGACGCGGUGUGGGCGGUGCUGCAGCAGGCCGUAGGGCGCGUGGACGACGGGGAUGAGCUCGUCGAGGCAGUGGAGAAGAAAAACAUCACUCAGGUUCGUAAGCUGCUGGCCCCAGAGCUCGCCAGCGUCCCCAAGACCGACCCGGAGCCAGACGUCGCGGCUUUGUUGGGCAAGAUCGGCCUUUAG